UAUUUUCUUUCAUCGAAAAUCCGUUAGCGACAUAAAUUUACGAUUCUAGGAAAUAGUCUACGUCCGACAGAAAAAAUAAGCAGGCGAAGUCUGGGAAGCAAGACUGUGUAAUCUCGCUGUCAAAAGUCAAAUAUAAAAGCAGAUCUAUAAAUUUAAACGUUACAAUUCUGAAGGUUCGAGAAUUUUAAAGAAAACAAAAGAUAACAGACGGUCAAGCGUUAGAAAUCUAAAACCAUGUGGAAGCAAAUGACAAACAGACAGUGAGAUAUUCAAGCUCAAGUUCGAGUAUCAGACCCAAGAAUUCUAAGCAAAAAAGGAGAGCGAGGUACAGAACAAUUCACAGAUGAUCCGGAGUUGAAAACUCGCAACAUUUGACACCACAUGCUUGCCUGCCAGACCAUCCUCUUAUGUUAUCUAUUUAUCAUAAAUUUCAAGUAAAAUGUCAACUUUGGAGAUUAAAGCAAACUGGGCAUGAUUCAAUCCGUAAAACAAAAGCUUCACCCUUACGCGAUAGCAACUACUCUCCAUUGGUCAAAACUCAGCAAAGGUCUUCACCAAUACCUAUGAUUUAAAAACUUAGAGCAACGCCCUAGGAAAAACCGGAGGGCGUGAUUAGAAACAACUAUUCGUUAAAAUAGAUUAACAAACCAAUGGAGAGGAGGAGCAAAAGGGCUUAAUAAAUGUCGGACAAGACCACGCGACACACUCUCUAACGUUCUUUUCCUUCAAAAAAGUUUACCAGUCUCUUAACUGCAUCUCACUCCGAGAUAUACUUGGUCAAAAAUUUGGUCGAAGUGCAUCGUGUGCUGUGUAAAGACUUUGCGCCGCAGAAUUAUCCUAAGGACCUGAAAACUUCAUAGUGACCCGUCUCUUGAUUCAAAAUUUUAUUAUAGUGCAUCUUGUGUUAUAAAGACUUUGCGAACCAACUAAGAAUUUUACAGUGAGAGAACCAACCUCCAUCUGACGAGCUCGCGAGCCAAGGUCUACCAGAUUACACUUUACAAACCAAAUAUCAUCGCACUCGAUAAGUAUGGAAGGAGUAAACCAAAAGCGAUCCUCCCGUGUGUUGAAACGCGCGCGUAAUCGUCGGAAUAGACGGCUUAGGAAGAGGUUGGCUCGGGCUCAGGCGGAACCACCUGAAAUUAACACUUCAAGCAACAUUAACGUUAAUAUUAACAUCAACAUAUCCACUGUUGACACUCCUCACUCCCCAACCCCAGCUACUUCUCCUCCACUUCCCUCUACCAGUUUAAGAUCGGAGUCGCCCACCCCCUUUAUUAUCCUCUUAAGCGACUCCCCCUAUUCUUUCCCUCAUCGCCCUUCUUACCAAAAAGACCCCCUCGAGGAACUACGGGAUACCAACAACGAAGGCGAAUCACCUCUCUCCUCAGCUUCCCGAUUCAACCCAGAGGAAGUAUCCUCAGAGACCUCAGAGGACAUGUCUCGGUCCGAACCGGAACCGCAACCCCACCGACAAAGGUUGUCCGAGGACCAGUUCCGCCUCUGGAUAUUGGGCCAGUUUCCUUCGAUCUACGACCCACUUCCAGACGGAAUCAUCCGCAUAGGGCCCGGCUCGGUGGACCUCACGGAGUUGCGGACCGCAUUGACGGAGGGCCUACCCGACAGCGUAAUCCCGUGGUUCGUCCCGGGGUGUAGACAUCCUAUCGCCGUUCCUAUCAAAGUCCUUUGGAAGCAAUUUCCCCCUUCUACAUGCAUCCUAGAGGAAAUCUCAUAGAACACACACACACACACAAAAACACAUAAAUAAGAAAUAGUUGAUAAGCAAUAUAUACUAAGUAAUAAACUAAGAACAAUGUUUAUCUAGAUAAUCCACAUAAUUUGUUCUUUUGUUCUUAUUUUUCUUUUUAUUAUAAAAUAAUUUGUUCUUUUGUUUUUAUUUUUCUUUUUAUUAUAAAAUAAAUGUGAAAAUUUG